AUGGGACACUAUGCCAGUCAGUGUCCUACUAAGAAGACAGCUGGAGGAGUAACACCGCAGCAAAAAACCCCAGAAGGCGUUAGUCGAUCGACCCCGAGCUGCGAGAAGAGUGUUUUUGUUCAGUUCGAUUCAAGUGCUACUCACUCAUUCAUCUCCCAAGAGUGUGUGAGUAGGCUUGGACUAGUAGCUCGGCACAUGUUCAAGGUGAACCUCAUUUACUUGCCAUUGGAGGGAUUGGACGUGAUACUCGGGAUGGACUGGCUGUCGGACAAUCGCGUCAUGAUUGAUUGCGGACGACGCAAUGUGGUAUUUCCUGAGAAUGAUGGGCUACCUUUAAUCUCCACCCGUGAGGUAGUACAGGAGGCAACUGGUGGAUCUUUUUGUUAUGUGAUAAUGGUGCAGCCGGAGAAGAGAAGUGCAGUUGAUCUGGUUAGAAGCAUACCGGUAGUGGGAGAAUACGUCGAUGUGUUUCUAGAUGAGGUGCCUGGAUUACCACCCAGCAGGGAUGUAGAUUUCGCUAUAGAUCUCGUCCCUGGAGCUGGGCCAGUAUCAAUGGCUCCAUAUAGAAUGGCCCCGGCAGAGUUGGCCGAAUUGUAG